GCCCGAGAGUGAGCAGGCUCGGCACGGCAGGAGCAAAACAGGUCAGCGGGCCAGAGUCCCGGAAGCCGAGGUGAGAGCGGAAGAGGGUCGCGCGCAGCGGAAGGUAGCGUACGGAAGGUGGCGUACGGAGAGCGGAAGAGGGGCUUGAGAAAGCGGAAGGGGAAGUCAGCGCUGGGGCUCUGGGGCCGUAAACCUGGACAGCGGCGGUCGGCGAGCGUGGGAGCUCGGCUCCCCCGGGAACCCCGGAACCCAGUGUGGCGUGAUGGGGGAGGAGCGCCGUGCCCGGCGAUUCCUGAGCGGAGGAGCGCGCGACUGCGCACCGGGUCGCCGCGCAGGCGCGCUGCCCUCUGCCGGCUGCUGAAGUCAGUGCAGGAGCCGCUCAGAAAUGGCAAAAAGUCUUCUGACUACAUCUCUGUCUGCAAGGAUGAAACUGUUACAAACAGGGGUGUCGCUUUAUAACACAUCCCAUGGCUUCCACGAGGAGGAAGUGAGAAAGGUACUGGAGCAGUUUCCUGGCGGCUCCAUUGACCUCCAGAAGAAGCAGAAUGGCAUUGGCAUUCUCACUCUGAACAACCCCAGUAAAAUGAAUGCCUUCUCAGGUGUCAUGAUGCUACAACUUUUGGAAAGGGUAAUUGAUCUGGAAAAUUGGACAGAAGGGAAAGGCCUCAUUGUCCAUGGGGCAAAAAAUACUUUUUGCUCAGGAUCUGAUCUGAAUGCUGUGAAAGCACUCUCCACUCCAGAGAAUGGAGUGGCCUUAUCUAUGUUCAUGCAGAACACCUUAACAAGAUUUAUGAGACUACCAUUAAUAAGCGUUGCUCUGGUUCAAGGCUGGGCAAUGGGUGGAGGAGCAGAAUUUAUCACAGCGUGUGAUUUCAGGUUAAUGACUGCAGAGAGUGUGAUCAGAUUUGUCCACAAGGAGAUGGGUAUAGUUCCAAGCUGGGGUGGUACCAGCCGGCUGGUUGAAAUCAUUGGUAGCAGACAAGCUCUCAAAGUGUUAAGUGGGACCCUCAAAGUGGACUCCCAGAAAGCCGUAAAUAUAGGCUUGGCUGAUGAGGUCUUACAGUCUUCUGAUGAAGCUAAGGCUCUCAAAGAGGCCGAAGAGUGGCUAGAGCAAUUUGUUAGUGGGCCUUCAGAAGUCAUUAGAGGGUUAAAAAAGUCUGUUUGUUCAGGUAGAGAACUGCACUUAGAGGAAGCGCUACAGAAUGAAAGAGAUGUUUUAGGAACACUGUGGGGUGGCCCUGCAAACUUAGACGCUAUUGCUAAGAGAGGGAAACAUACUAAAUAGUUUCUAAGGUGUGGGUGUACAAGUUGAAUCUGCAGUGAGAACAUGGUGAAAGUGAAGUGACGUUUAAAAUGAGCAGAACUCUUGACGCUGACUGCUAAUAUGUUUAUUUGGUUUGGGUGGUAUUUCUAUAUCUCAAUUUGUUGGUUUUUCUUUAACAUUCGCUUAAAUCAUUUUUUUACCAAUUUGUACAUUCCUAUAGUAAUUCCUAUCCUAGAAUCAAGGAUCAAUUUACAAACAGAAAGCCUAACCUUGAGCUUAUCCUUGGUGACAUACUUAUUCAUCUAAAUAUUAAGGCAUGGUGUUUGUUAUACCUGUUAUGUAGCCAGGGUGGCCUUGAAUUUCUAAUGCCCCUGCCACUACCUCCCAAAUGCUAGUAUAUACUAUUGUGUCUGGCCAUUUUGUUCUUUCUUAAAAUUGAUUUAAUUUACAAAAACAAAAUAAAAAGACCUCAGUAAAGUUCUCAUAUGAAGCAAACAUCAGGGAGAAAUAGAGGUGUGUAAGAAAUAGUAGUCAUUUCUGCUCUGUAGACUUAAGGGUACUGGUGGGAAAUGGCCCUUCAUUGAAAAAAAAAGUACACUUUUUGCUGAGUUUGGAGCUUUAGUUGGUCUUUUUAAACCAUAUUUCAAAUGACCCAAUGAACAGUGAAAGCCAGUACACAGAGCAAGCACUUACUGGCUGUACAAAGUAGCUUUGCAUUGUUCUCUGGACUUCUUCAGCCAAUGGUAAAACAUUACUGUCGAUGGGGUUUAUAACAGAAACUAUUAAAGAUCUGUGAAGCUAACUUUUAUUUUUGCCAGGUUUAUUUCUUAAAUAUUUAAUUCUUGUGUGGCUGUCUUUUAAUAUUAAAUUUAAUCAAAACAUGUAAUCGAAGCAUUACGUCAUCCCAGAAUUCACUUCUUUAAAAUGUUUCUCUAAGAACUGUUUUUCCAAUCUGUUUCAACAAGCGAUAAAAAACACUCAAAGUAGUGACUAUUUUUUGUUGUUUUAGCACUCAGCUAACUUGAUAGUCCUAAUAAAGGGAAUUUAGAAGUAUGUACCCACAUGAUCUCACGUUUUAAAGAAAACAGACAUGAUUUUUCCAGAGACAAAUUCUUCCCACUUUUGUAUUCACCAAUACUUUCUACCU